GAAACUACUCCAGUUUGUUUUGGUUCCACACACGACACCACCGUGAUCGUCCGUCACCGAUACAAACAUGUAUGUUUAGUAAAACCUAUGUCAGAUAAGCAUCAGAUGAGCUAUGAUUUAGUUGAGGGUGGAUAACACCAACGGCACUGAAUUUCCAAAGAUUUUUUUCCACUGGACAUACCUUAGAAACGACUCACAAAUCCUUCUACAGGGAAAUACAAAAAAUGUUUUCGUCACCACUCCAGAGAAGCCAAACCAUUAUUUUUCUCCUCGGAUGGCUUGCAUACGCUUCUACAUACUUGCUUAGAAAACCUCUUGGUGUAGUUAAGACUGAUUUGGAAGAGUCCCUGUCAAUCCCAAAGACACAGCUGGGAUGGUUGGACACUGCCCUACUGCUGCCUUAUGCUCUGAUGCAGAUGUUACUAGGGCCCCUGGGAGACAGAUUUGGACCACGAAGGACCUUUGGAACAUGUCUCCUAUUGUCAGCCAUUUCUAUGGCCACCUUUGGGAGCUGGAGCAACUUCUGGAUGUUUUUCUUCCUUCUCUUUAUCAAUGGAUCAGCACAGGCUCAGUGUUGGCCUAACUGUAUUAAAUGCCUCGGAUCCUGGUAUCCAGACAGUGUUAGGAAUAGCAUGUUUGGAAUGUUUGGGACGUGCGCCUUUGCUGGGGGCAUCAUGGGAACCUCACUGGCAGUCUACUUACAAACUUCCUACUCCUGGAGGAGUGCUUUUUUCCUUCCAUCCAUUAUUGUGGCAAUACUUGGUGCAGUUGUCCUUAUGUUUUUCACCACUCCAGAAGAACAAAAUGUAGAAAUCCCCGGGAAAAUGCAGAGUAGUGCUUCUUCAAAAUCCUCAGGAAAUACAACAUGGCUUCAGAUGUGGAAGAUUCCGAUGUUACCGGAAGUGGCUGUUGCUGUGUUUUGUUUGAAAGUGGUUAGAUACUGCAUGUACAUGUGGCUGCCUAUGUAUCUACUGAAUGCUCUAAAGUACACCAAGGCCCAGGCCGGAAUGUUUUCUACGACGUUUGAAAUUGGAGGAGUCUUAGGAAGUGCUGUCAUAGGAAUUGUUAUAGACAGAUAUUUUAAGGGCCGGUCACUGGCUGGGACUGGUUAUUCCAUCACCCUCUCUGCUGUCUCCCUCCUCGCAUUUUACCUCACUAGUUCCUGGGGGAUCGUCUUCAACACUGUGUUCAUGUUUCUGGCUGGGGUUUUUAACUGUGGGCCAGACAGUAUAUUAGGUGGCUCCAUCCCUAAUGAGUUGGGGGAGAUGGAUGGGAGGAAUGCGGCAGCAGCUGCUGUUGGACUGGUCAAUGGAUUCGGCAGCGUGGGGACGUUUCUGGAGGGACCAAUCAUUGGUUUGAUAUCCGCCCACUACGGAUGGUCCGGAAUGUUUUAUAUGAUGAUCGGUUUGUCGGGAGUCGGAGCUCUGGCUGUCCUCCGAGCUUUGUCCAUCUAUAACAGUCGACAGGGGAAAAUACCCCUGGAAAUGGAGGAGGUUGCGUAGGAGAUCUCAAAACCAGGAAUAAUCAGCUCUCUGCUGCUCUUUCAUUGUUUUUUAUUAACAAUCGGAUUAUACGUUGAGUCAAGAAGACCUAGCAUUGUAAUUGGGGCUUUGAUAGGUUAUUAAUUUUAAAAAGGUUCAAAUGUAGAUAUCAUUUUUCAUUUGCCAUUAUUCAGGAGAGAGAGAAUUUAAAUGAUGUGUUAAUGAGAUCUAGAGAUUUAAAGCAAUAUGAGCUGUAUUAUUUAGAUUUUUAUUUUGCUGCAAAAACCUGCUUGUAUGAUAAGUCUGCAUAUAACCUAAACUUUUAUGAUAAAUAAGGUUUGAAAAAAUCAUUAAUUUUUGUCAGAGGAAAGAUUUCUCUUCUAAGGAACAUAUAGCAAAUCAAUUUUUGUACAGGACGACAAUAAUUAAAUUUUGCUCCAAUUAAGGCUUCUUAACGGUCUUUUCCACAAAAAAUUGGCUAAAAAAAAUUUAAAAACCAUGAUAUUUUUUUGUUGUUUUGGUAGAAAAAAAACAUUUUGUAAAAAAAAAAAUCUUCAUGAAAAUUGCAGCUCAUAUUGCUUUAAAGUGUAACAGUUGUUUUUAAGGAGAGUAUUUGAGAUUAAGUGAGCUAUACUGAAUGAAGCACAUUGCCAGGCCAUAUAGUUUCUAUCUCCAAUAAGACAAAUACUGAUACAUGUACAUUCAUAUUUGCUGAUGAAAUAUAGAAAUGCUCCAAAAUGGUGGCUUUUAAAAAUAAAAUUCUAGUAAAAGUAUUAAAAAUUAGAAUGAUACUACAAUGUACUGUUGUUAAUGAGCUGAAACCAAAAUGAAGAAAAACAUUUACAUGCAUGUACAAGCAGUUAAAUCCCAAAUUACAUGUAAUAUUUAUGAAAUUAAUACAGACAUAUAUAUAAAUUACUGGCAUAUACAUAUAUACAUGUUUAGUUUUGGAAAACUGCAUUUUAAUGAUAAUUUUCUGUCAUCUAAUAUAAACCAAGAAGCUGACCAUUCCUUAUCAAAUAAAGCUUUACAUACAAACAAGAUGUUGAAUAGAAAAACACUUUUGUUAAUAGUUUAUUGAGAGGAUGUUAAACGGUAUCAUAAGUUCAUAAUGAAUGAUAGUUUAAUAAGUGUGCCUGUAAAAAAAGGAAAUGUCUAUGCAAAUACUGGAACAGACCGGGGUUACCCAUUAGAAGCUAUAUGAAAUUUAUGUCUUAAUUUUGAUUUGGCAAUCAAUGGAUUUUUCUGUUACUAUUAUAUGUUCAUCUCUGUUUACAUAUUAAUAUACAUUUAACUUCGUCUUUUCUUGUAGAAUUUCAUGUACUGGUAGUACUAUAAGCUGCUCUUUAUCAUUUAUUUAUUUGAUUUAUCUGUGAUAUUUUUCUGUCAACUUACUGUAAAUUCUUUAUUUUACUCGAGUACCUAAUUCACACAUAGAACACAUAGAAGUCAGGUUCAUCCAUUAGAUUGUACAUGUAUGAACUGUAUCAGAUUCUACGACUACUGGCUUGUGUGAAAGUCACACCAAGCCUCCAUCAUGAUAAAUACAUGUAUCAGCUAGAGAGAGGGAGACACACAGUAACAAACUUCCUGUCAUUCAAAGAAUGAACUAAACAAAAAAUGUGAUUCUUCCAUUAUCAAUACUGCAUCUUCUCUCUUGCACAGAUUAUUUUCCCAUUAUCCAAACACAUGAUGAGGCGUCUAGCUAGGAGGGUUCUGAUUGGUUGAUUUGUCAGACAUUACCAGUACUUUUGGUAAAUGUUUGUCCGACUCCUAUAUAUUUUUUGCUUUAAAAAUUUAGAUAUAAAACACACAUUAGAAACUAUAGUUUUUAUCUUGUUUGCAGUGUUUUCUUAGUUUAUUCUUUGCAUGACUAUUAAUAUUAUAUUAUAUACAUGUAUAUUUAUAUUUUAUGAAUUCAGUGCAAACUACUGAACAAUUUUUGCAAUAAAAAAGGAAAAAACUGGUCUGCUUGAAAUCUAUUUUUUUUAAG